AUGUACCGGAGAAACGGCCUAUCAGACGGCGCCAGCAUUAGCUCCGCCUCCUCAGAGGGUAGCAGCAGCUCACAGUCCUUUGAUGGGCCGAGUGUCGACUAUGCGAAGAGUUAUGACGCUGUGGUGUUUGACGUGUUGAAGGUGACUCCAGAGGAGUUUGCCAGUCAGAUUACUCUGAUGGAUGCUCCGGUGUUUAAAGCCAUACAGCCGGAGGAGCUGGCCAGCUGUGGGUGGAACAGGAAAGAGAAACACAUUCUGGCGCCCAAUGUGGUGGCCUUCACACGACGCUUCAACCAGGUGGGCUUCUGGUUGGUCAGGGAGAUCCUGACAGCUCAAACACUGAAGAUCCGCGCAGAAAUCCUGGGCCACUUUGUCAAAAUUGCAAAGAAACUUCUGGAGCUGAAUAACCUGCACUCUCUGGUGUCUGUGGUCUCCGCUCUUCAGAGUGCGCCUAUCUUCCGACUGAGCAAGACCUGGGCGCUGAUCAGUAGGAAGGACAAGGCCACGUUUGAGAAACUCGACUACCUGACAUCCAAGGAGGAGAAUUAUACCCGAAUGAGAGAAUACAUCAGGUCCUUGAAGAUGGUACCCUGUAUUCCCUACCUGGGGAUCUACCUACUGGACAUGAUCUACAUUGACUCAGCCUAUCCUGCUUCAGAUAGCAUCAUAGAGACAGAGCAGCGAACCAAUCAGAUGAACAACCUUCUCCGAGUCAUCUCUGACCUGCAGAUGUCCUGCAAAUAUGACCACCUGGUCACCCUGCCUCAUGUGCAGAAGUACCUGAUGUCCGUUCGUUACAUUGAGGAGCUUCAGAAGUUUGUUGAGGACGAUAACUUCAAACUGUCUCUGAAGAUUGAACCAGGAAACAGCUCUCCUCGCAUGGCGUCUUCUAAAGAAGACCUCGCUGGUCCGUCUGACAUGUCUGCCUCUGUGAGGUAUAAUCGUCGGCCGACCUGUCCUGACGCCUCGGUGGGAAUCCACAUUCCCACUCCUCCACCAUCACGCCACCGCAAGAGUCACAGCCUGGGAAACAAUGUGAUGUGGCCGUUUGGGGUGGUGGAGAGUAAAAGCGCCACAUUUCCCAUAGAGAAACCUCGCCAUCUGCUGGAUGACAGCUUCCUCGAGUCUCACAGCCCUGCCAGGAUCAACCCACACAACUCCUCUGUGUCCAACGGCAUAUCCAUAGGUAGCAGUGAGAGUUCAUUCUGUGAAGACCUGUCUCCUGGAGUGGAAAGGGGGCGCAUGUACGCCACACUGGGCCCCAACUGGAGGGUCCCGCUCCGAAACUCCCCCAGGAGCCGCAGCUAUGCUUUCAGUCCAUCUGGAGCGGAGCAAGGCCGUGGCUACACCGAGGGAGGGGGCGUGGCCAUCGAGGGCCCUCUGAGGAGGAAGACGCUGCUGAAGGGCGGGAGAAAACCGAAGGUGAGGAGGACAGGAGGACUGUCGUCAUGGACGCGAUAUUGGAUCUCGCUCUCCGGUUCAACCCUGACCUUCUACGGAGCCAAAGCUCUGCGUGCCUCAGAGAGGAAACAUUACAAGUCCACGGCAUGUAAAACAGUGAGUGUAACGGGCUGGAUGGUGGUGCUACCCGACGACCCAGCGCGACCCAACAUCUUCCAGCUCAAUGACCCUGACCAAGGCAAUGUUUACAGGUUUCAGACGGGAUCCAGGUUCUCUGCCAUCAUUUGGCAUAAACACUUAGAGGACGCCUGUCGCAGUAACAGACCUCAGAUACCAGCUAACCUCAUGUCAUUUGAGUAAGAGGAGUGAUGAGAGCAGACAGCGAGAACCCUGAGGGCUUUAACCGUGCCAAAGGACAUCCAUAAGGGAGAGCAUAGUGUACACCUGUGUACAUACACAGGGACACUGACA